UCCAACGGGCAUCAGCUUCAGUUACUCGGUCGGCUAUCGAAACUAUAAGCAGUAAACGCUGCUGGCUAGUUCAGUUCCGUGCAAGCGAAGAUCCUGAUACCAGCUAUCGCCGAUGUCCACUGCUUUUAUUCUUUACAGUUUACCAGCAAGCUAAUCACAAUAAUUUAAGCGUUAAAAAAAUAUUUUUUAGCCAGUUACUGAACUUUUAAAAAGGAGCUUCGACAGUGUCAACUACUCAGAUCCAUGGCCACACACUACCUGAAGGAGGUAAGGGGUCAGGCGGAGGCCUGCCUUUUGACCACAGGCUAUAGCCCGGAGGUGCAGGACACUGUGGAGAGGAUGGCGAAAAUCCCCCUCCCCCUCUUGGCCAAAUAUCAGCUUAUUAACCUCAGUGAGCUGAUGCGGCAGAACUGCACUUCGGGGGACAGGAAGGCGGAAUUAAGUGCCCUGCACAGGGCAAUGAGCAUUCUGCAGAAGUACGGCUGUAACCUGGCCAACCCCAAACGUCCGAAGUACUGGCGCACAGUCAAGCACAACAAUCCCAUCUUCAGGUCCACUGUCGAUGCCAUCAAGGGUGGCCGAGCCGCGUUGCACCUGUAUGGUUACACCAUUCAACGGCCCGACGGUCUCAGCUUCCCCGAUGAUGUCACAGAUCCUGAUCUUGAGAAGGUUGCCGCGGUGACCGUGGAGGUCAUGGCCUUUUGUGCAGAACUGGAGUUGUUUAUCAAGGAGACUCACGAACACCCAGAAUUCCUCGAGAGAAUCAUUUCUGGCCCGCAGCAGGAAGUGCCUGAGCUGGCCCGACAAGACCUGCCUCCUCCCGCUCCCGCCCCCGCCCCCAGACCUGCUCAGCGCCCAAGAACAGCUCCGACCUCAGCAACCCCUGCUGCUCCCACAGAUCCACAGAGAAUGUCCUGCACUGUGUGUGGCGACAAUCCGUCCAUCCGCUGUCUACCCUGUGGCUCGCUGUUCUGUGAGAACUGUGAUGAAAUCUUCCACCACCACCCAGAGAGAACCGAUCACAUAAGAGAAAAACUGCAGCCAGACAAUUGCAAAAUCUGUGGAACAUCCCCGGUCUCGGUUCAGUGUCCCACGUGUGCCCGAAGGUUGUGUUUGCCAUGCGACAGACUGUAUCACAGUCAUCCCGAUCGGAGGGACCACCGCCGAAUCCAAACGGGUCUCGCCACCCCCCCGAGGGCCCUGAGGUGA